AUAAAUCUAGAAAACGUAAGAUAAAGUAUUUACCGUUAACAUCGAGUAAUAUGGAUGACAUAUCGGUAUGAUCGAACAGGUAACGCGUGGAACCGAGUACAUACCGCAUCGACAUUUCCGUUGAAAGGAGACGAAAGAUAAAAAUCAGAGCAGCCAUCGGGUCAACAAACUCGGCUAACGUUUUCUCAGGAUCGCCCUUUGUGUCGAUCCAGCCGCGCGACACUUGCACACUUCGGUACAGUUAAUAUACAGCGCCGGAAUCAUGCUCGUAUAUCGUCUACGUGUACGGAUCGACAGGGUGAUCUUUGCGCGUAUAGACGCGCGAUGCGAACGAUUUAUCGAGGGUAGAGCUAAUCUUGCAACGUUUCGACUCGGAGUCGUUCAAUUUUACCGAAUUUCUCGGAGCCUCUCUUUGCUAGUACUUUGCUAGUCGAGCAAACGCGGUUGUUUCUUAAGAAUUUUACGAGCUCGAUAUUUCGUCGCGGAAAGUAUAGCAGCGACGUUGAUCGGCAUCGUGCUGGUCCAAAGUGACGCUUGGAGAUGGCAAGACAGGAGAGCAGGAGAGCAGAAGAGUAGGGGUCGAGAGAUUACGCGCGUCGCUUCGUGCGACUCGCGCGAGUAGAUCAACAUCUCGGAGCCGCGGCUCUCGUCGAAGCUCGAAAGAACUCGCUCAGUAUGAAUCGGGACAGCCAGCCGUCCACCAUGCUCAGACUCGUCGUUCUCUUGUUCGUUUGCGACGCGAUCACCGCCAACAACGAUACUCUCGGCAACCUGAUCUCGAACGAGGAGCAUUGGAAUCUAAAGAAACAGCCGGACAAUUGGUCCGCGUACAAUAGAACGUUGGACGAUCUGUACAAGGAUGCUGUUCAAGCUUACCUCGAGGAAGACUGGUCGCGUUGCAUCGACGACUUCAACGCUGUCUUGCAAGGGUACAAGAUUUACAGGCGCACGAUAGUCGGUUGUAGACAGAAAUGUAGAGCCCAGGCUGCUGGAACGGCUCCGAUCUUUCCCGAAAAUAUCGACGAUAUGCAUUUCUACGAGAAGAAGGUGAAAGAGACCUUGUGCCUCCUAAGAUGUAAUCAAGAGUACCGGGAGAUCGCCGGCUCGAGGGCGUUGAAAACGUUACCUCGCGACACAGAGCACAAGUUAAUUAAUCAUCGAGUGUACGAGUACCUGCACCUUUGUUACUAUCGGGAACGUCGAUACCAAGAUGCGGCGAACGCGUUGUUCACGUACCUGGUAAUAUAUCCGGAUCACGAGGCGAGCAUCGAAACGUUGAAGAAGUAUCUGACAUUGCCGGGCGUGCAACCGGAGGCGGUUGUAAACCUAGAAACGGCACCUUAUGUCAGCAUCUAUUUCCAAGGAGUUUCGGCUUACGAGAACGAAGACUACGCGCAAGCGGCGGCUCUUUUCGAGGCUUCGUUGAGCUCCUAUAUACAAUCCGAGGAAGAAUGUAGAUUUUACUGCGAAGGUCCGUUCGAUCAAGGCUGGCACCCGGAGUUCACUUCUUCAGUCGCUAAUCAUUUUACCUUCUGCUUGAGAUGCAAACGUGCCUGCUCUCAACGGCUGAACAACGUCAACGGCAAUUAUCGCAGAGACAUGCUCAAAAGUCACUACAACUAUUUACAGUUCUCUUAUUACAAACUGGGAAAACUGAAAGCAGCCUGUGCCGCGGUCGAAAGUUACCUGCUGUUCGACUCGCUCGACGAAACUAUGCAGAACAACAAAGCAUAUUACAGAGCCCAGCCAAAAGUCCAGGAAGAAUAUUUCACUGGCAGACAGGAAGCUGUCGACUACUUGAAGAGACAGGAAUACGAGUUGAGCCUUCUGCGUUACAUAUCGAAUGAGUUUUCAGUUAUCGACGCGAAAUUCUCCAAGAUGAACAAGAAGAAAAAAGAAGCUGAUCGGGAGAACGAGAAGAAGAAAGAAAUAGGAAAGCAAACGACUUCCGAAGUCGAAACGACGCUGCAUCCGGCGCCGGGUCAUUCGUCGGUCUCUCGGGCAAAAUUAUCGGACAACCUUUCCAAGAUACAAGAGGAAAGGCGCGAGAUAAACGAUACGAAGAAACUCGGGGUGAAGAACGUUACGUAUCUGUUGGCGAAAGAGGAAGAUCUCGGUGGGAAAAAUCGUUACGUCGCCGACGGUUUCCUCAACUCCACCGAGUGCGAAUCCUUAAUGAGGUUUGCUUCGAUGACCGCGGUGGAAGGAGACGGAUACAACGAGAACAAGAGUCCGCAUUCGAAAUACGAGAGAUUCGAGGGUAUAACUGUCGGAAGAACUGCCUUGAUGGUAUAUUUUGGACAAAUCGAACCGACAUGGUUGGAAAUGUUUCUGGAGAGCACCGAACAAGCGCGUGACCACGUGGAAAGGUAUUUCGGACUAGAUCGACAACUGUAUUUCACCUACACUCAUUUGGUCUGCCGCACGGCUUUAGCUGAUUCGCCGAUGGAUCGAAACGACUUGAGUCAUAAGGUUCACGGAGAUAACUGCCUUCUGACCGACUCGAAUACCUGCGUCCAGGACAGUCCAGCCUACGUUUGGAGAGACUAUUCGGCCAUAUUAUAUUUGAACGAUGACUUUCAGGGUGGCGAGUUUUUCUUCGCGACGAAUCAAACAAACCGUAAGUCGGACAUCGUCGUUUCGCCACGUUGCGGUCGUAUGGUAGCUUUCUCCGCUGGCGGAGAGAACCUUCACGGAGUACGCGGCGUUCUUCGGGGGAAGAGAUGCGCGUUGGCUCUAUGGUUUACUCAGGAUGCAAACUAUAUGGAAUACGAGAGAGUUUUGGCUCGUGCUAUCCUGAAAAGAGUUCGAUCGAUAGGACCUUUCCAAGGAAAACACGCUCCAGUACCUUUAAAGUACGAGGAUGUACUCGUCCAGCACAUCAACAGCGACGAGUCGUUGAAACGUUUCCUAAACAAUUCUUAAAGAAAGCGAACAGUAUUGUGCAACAAGUUCCAAUUAUUUAAAGAGUAAUAUAUUUGAAUUUAACGGUCUUUGUCUUAACUGGACCGAUAUCGAAUCCAAGGGACCUGAACGAACACGACGAAUUCGCGCGCUCGAAUAGACUCGCGAACGGCUUCGGGGGAGGCUAGAGUUCCUAAGGAGCAGAAAAAAUCGAACGACGUGGAGGAGCCUAGAGAUCAAGAAAUCGGGUAGAAUAGAUUUGAGGAACUAGCAGGGAUAACCGGUGUUCCUUUACCGAAGAAUCUUAGCCCGUGUUCGAAGGAACGCGGAUCGUAGUAGGAACCUAGACAGAGACGAGGAAGACGGCUGAUAGAAUACUGCUACUGUCCUUAUACUUCCCCUUAGCUAGUAGACUCUUGACCAGUAAAUUUAACGUUUCUGUACUUAUCCGUAUUAGUCUAACACUCUUUCGUUAUAUUUUCGUAACACUGCCAACACGUUCGUCGUACCCUUUAAAACGCACAAAACACGAUAACUUCUCUAAUCAAAAAUACAAAGAGGAUACCCAAAUAUACAUAAGAGGAUGUCCGUAGUCGCGGCAACCAAUAGUUUAUUUAUAUAAAAUAUCCUAAUCUUUAUUAGAACAUAGACAUUACAUGUCAACAGGCUUACAUAACCAUUCUAUGUAUCAUGUAACACGUGUAAUCGUAUUUAUUUCUUGUUUGUUCGUAUUUAUACUAUGUAUAAGAGCUAUAUACGCAAUUGCAUUGCAAUCCCGCAGUUUCGCGCGUCUUUUGCUGGCGUGACAUCGAGUCCUGUACACGCGAUUGCCUCUAUUACGCAUCGUGUUCGAAUCGAAACACACAAAUAACGCUCGUGUACAUAUUCCAGAAUCGUGUCGUGUUUGUACGUGUGUUGUGUGCGCGCGCGUGUGUACGUGUGUGUAUGUGUGUGUGUGAAACUGUUUCUCUCGAGUAAUCGAAUUAUCGUCGUUAUUAUUGCAACUAUAUGUAAAAAGCGGAUCGCCGUAAAAUCUAAAUUGUUCAUGUAAUUGUACGCAUAGGAAUCGAAAAGACGCACGCACGCUCGUUCGAUCGAUGUUACACGAAUAAAAACACGGUGGUUGAGCCACUUUUGAACGUCUUGAUCUUCGUAGGAUCAGUCGGGAAGAGAGUGAACGCGAUCAUUAACAUUAUUAUUAUUAUUAUGUUUCGUUACAAACGUUUAUUACGAAAUUAUAGUGACAUCUGCGUAUCACAGGAGAGCUCAGUCGAUUUUUUUUUUCGCAGGAACCACUCCAUAAUAAUAGUCCGUACGCUGUUUCUUUCUUUCGUUAAGGUUUCUUUCUCUAUCGCUACCUCGCAUAUUCGUACCAAACAUAAAUCUUUCUUUGCGAUGUUAGAAAUACACCUCGUAAAUUGUAAAAUGCUACGGACACGUGAUACAUAAAUGAAAAGAGUAAUAAAUGUAUAUUAUCAAGAAAGUUCUGUUUCGUUACAAAUCGAAUAAACACGAAUCAACAUCGGAUGGAGUGGUCAGCAAAUUUUCUUCGCAUUACUAAAGAUGGUAUUUCGUAUUGCUCUUCGUAGACGUUCGCUUCGUUUUCUGCUACUAGUGUACAACAUUGACAGUAAAAUGAAAGUAAUACAAAAUUCGUCGAAACAUACGCUCUAUCUUAAAACUGUAAAAUUAUUAUGAUACGCCGCGAUUAACGAUCGCUAGAAAACGAAAGACUUUCGUCGCGUUCGUCGUCCGGUAACUAAAACGAAAAACUGUUUAGAUCUUGAGAAUAGCGCUCUUUUAUCUACGAAUUUCUGCUGGUUUAGCUUACGAAGCAUAAUGCACUUUAGAGCCAGGUAACGAAUACCUGGCAACAAGCACCGUAAAUACUCGUGUAUGAAUUUCAACGACGUUAAUUCAAACUAAAAAAUACAAACAACGUAGAGAUUAUUUCGAAAAAACGAUACUUUUUCUCUGAUAGAAACAAAAUAAAAAGAUUAUUUCUAUGAAACUAUGCACGAAUAUGUACGGCCUAUUCGUCGACUUGUUGCCGAUAUCUAAGUCUGCAUAGAAGGAAGCAUCGUGUGUGCUGGACUACGUAUAUACGCGUACAGAGGGUGUACCAGUUUAUCGGUACGCUCAAUAGACCAUUCUGAAUGAAAGAGGUCAUACAUAUUAUACGUAUACGUAUAUUACGGUCAGGGUCUUGAUCCAUUCUGUUUUUAUUCGUUUCGACAAAUUUACGCGAUCCCGACAGAAAAUUACCUUUUUUCUUUUUUCUAUUUGAAGUAACAGUGUAAUUCGCGUUAAUACAGAAUCCUUGUUUUAAAAUAAAAUAUUAUCGAGUGGAGCAAGAACCGCGGCACACCGCGACACCCUGUACGCACAUGUAUAAUAUUCGAGCUCGUUUUCAGACUUGUUCUUAAAGUUAUUAUUUCGUUUUGUAUACGCACAUUCGCCCCGUAGUCGUUCGUACGCACACGGUUUCGAAGAAUAAGAGGAAAUUAGGCAAAUUCCUUGUGCUCCGAUUUGGUCGUAAACUUGAACGAGAAUUACUUUCGUACAGUACCGUUAAAGGCUUCCCUACAGAAAAUAUUUGAAUAACUCGAAUAAUUCAACUUACUAAUACUUAAAUGUUUACCUGCAGACGGUUUGUCCGUUUAAAAAUGACUAAAACACGUCGAUAAUGAAAUAAUGAUUUAUUUUCCCUAGGAAAGCCUAGUGCUCCGUGAUGCACGUAAAUAAAACGAUAUAAAUAUUUUGAAAAGCAUAAAUGUACGAGUUUGAAUAAACGCGCUUAGUCGACUGAAAAAAUGUAAAACUGCAGCGAAGAACGUCGCGUCGAUACCGAUGAUCGUAAUCCGUAACCGGCUGAAACUGACAUUCGGUUAAAUUUGUUACGACCAAAACAAAAAGUACGAUUCUAGGGCACAAGGAACCGAGAGACGCGGUAUCCCGAAUUCGUUUCCCCUUUACAAACGAAAUGCUCUGUAGAGUAGAUUCGUUCUUGAAUGUAUCAUAAAGUCGUAGCAAAAACGAUAAGAAAAACUGAAUAAAAGUAAACGAUAAAAAAUA